CAAGUGUCAAUUCUUAAAUGACAAAACCAAAGCAACAUACUUUUUAUAGUUUCAUUAAUCUUUACUAAAAUGUCAAUAACAAGACCACAUUCCAUACAAACCCAGACAUAUUCUUUCAAUGUUAUCGUCCUUUCUUGUCACUCACGACUUUCAUCGAACAGUUGGUGGGCGAGUUUCACAACACUUUUAAACUUAGUUUUUCUCUCACUGAAAACCCAAUGUUCAUCUCUCUCUAUAUCUAUCCACCAUAAUCACUAAUGAUUCAUAGAGUUUGAAAAAGAAAGAAAGAAGAAGAUUUGGGAAGAAUGGCAAGCAUUGCUACCACUUGUUCUUCUGGUUUGACUUUGAGGAGAAAAGAGUUGACCAACAAUGGAGGUUCUAUGCUACAGUUUAAUGGGCUAAGAGCUAUGGAGGCUAACCAGGUUGUUGCUCCAUCUGGGUUCAAUCCAAGUUGGUCUGGUUCUACUUCAGGCUCAAAAUCUAGAGUGAUCAAGGCCAUGGCUGCACCAACUGUUUCGGCUCCCAAACGAGAAACUGACCCAAAGAAAAGGGUUGUGAUUACAGGAAUGGGGCUUGUCUCUUGUUUUGGCAAUGAUGUGAACACAUUCUAUGACAAACUUCUUGAGGGUCAGAGUGGGAUCACUCUGAUAGACAGAUUCGAUGCUUCCACUUUUAGCGUUCGUUUCGCAGGUCAGAUUCGUGAUUUUUCUUCGGUAGGAUACAUUGAUGGUAAAAAUGACCGUCGUCUUGAUGACUGUUGGAGGUAUUGUUUGGUUGCCGGAAAAAAAGCUCUCGAGGAUGCUAGUCUUAGCCAAGAUGUUCUUGAAACCAUGGAUAGAACCAAAAUCGGAGUUCUAGUGGGAUCAGGUAUGGGAGGCCUAACAGCUUUUAGCACUGGAGUUGAAGCACUUAUUCAAAAGGGAUACAAGAAGAUCACUCCAUUUUUCAUUCCUUACUCCAUCACGAACAUGGGGUCAGCAUUGUUGGCUAUAGAUACGGGCUUAAUGGGCCCGAACUACUCGAUCUCAACCGCGUGUGCAACUGCAAACUAUUGCUUCUUUCAAGCUGCAAAUCACAUUAGAAGAGGAGAUGCUGAUAUUAUGGUAGCUGGUGGGACCGAAGCUGCGGUUAAUGCAACCGGGGUUGGUGGGUUCAUUGCUUGUAGAGCGCUCUCGCAGCGAAAUGAUGAGCCGCAUAGAGCUUCGCGACCUUGGGACCAAGAUCGUGAUGGUUUUGUUAUCGGUGAAGGUUCGGGUGUUUUGAUUAUGGAAAGCUUGGAGCAUGCAACGAAACGCGGGGCUAACAUAAUUGCGGAGUAUUUAGGUGGAGGCAUAACUUGUGAUGCACAUCAUAUGACCGAUCCCCGCAAAGACGGGCUCGGUGUUUCAACUUGCAUAACCAAGUGUUUAGAAGACUCGGGUAUUUCACCCGAAGAGGUGAACUACGUGAACUGCCACGCAACAUCGACCCUAGCUGGGGAUUUAGCAGAAGUUAAUGCCAUCAAGAAAGUGUUUAAAGAUACAUCCGGGAUAAAGAUGAAUGGAACCAAGUCGAUGAUCGGUCAUGGUCUUGGAGCUGCUGGUGGAUUGGAAGCCAUUGCGUGCAUAAAAGCAAUCAACACGGGCUGGCUGCACCCCACGAUUAACCAAGAUAACUUGGAGCCUGCGGUUGACAUCGAUACUGUCCCAAAUGUGAAGAAACAGCAUGAAGUCAAUGUUGCUAUUUCUAACUCGUUCGGGUUUGGUGGGCAUAAUUCGGUGGUUGCAUUCGCUCCUUUCAAGCCAUGAUUGAGUUUUAAUCCACAUGUGGUAGUUUCUACGCAUAAAAAAUCCGAGCUUUUCAGAUCAGUUAAACAGUUGAGGAUAUUAGAGCAAAUAUGAUGCGACAUACCAUAAUCGUUCUAAAACGAGUUUUUGGUGUAACAUUGUUUUCACAAUUCAUGUGUUGGAUGUCACUAAGAUCCAUCGGUUAAUAAAACAUCCAUUGUGUUUAAUAAUAGUUUGAUUUCUAUA